CAUGAAUAAAUUUCCAAAACCAUUGGAACAAUUUGAUCGAACUACAAAAAAAAUGAUAUUCGAGUGGUACAAAACCGGUAGAAAAAAUAGUAGAAUUUCGGAUGACGAAGAGGACGAUCUUUACAUAGACCCCAUUUUAAUCGUAAUCGUUUGGAAUGAUCAAGCCCUCACAGCCCGAAACAUUCAAAAGAACGCCAUAAUUACUUUGGUGAAAGGAUUUAAUGGUCUCGAACCUAUCAAGACAGACAUUCAUACCAACGUUGGACUUAUUAAUGUCCCUCCGUCUGAUUCUAUUUUCACCAUCAAGGAUACUCAAACGGGAAAUAAGCAACAGAUCGCUGAAGAUCUAAUUAGAUUCCUCAGAAGGACGUACAAUCCAGCAAACCUCGCUUCAUUGGGGAGGGUAUACCAAAUUGACGCUACCAGAAAGGGAUGUUUCGAAGUCAAAGAAUACCGAGAUGUAUUCUAA